AUGACUUUUCGUCACGUUUUUACGCAGGUAACAAUGCUGGUGUUGGCCAGCAGUUUAGCCGUUCCCGUUGACAAGAAUUCAGAGAAAUUGCAGAACAUUUCAGAGGCAAAGAGACAUGGGAAAAGAAACGUAGAUUGCACGGAUGGAUUGAGUAUACAUGUAUAUUGUCCACCGGAUUACGAAGUUCCAGAACCGUCACCCAUUAUUCAACAGCAAGUCGUGCAUGUUCCUGUGCCUGUGCCUGUUCCGCAUCCGGUGCCGCAACCGAUACAAGUGCCCGUAGCAGUACCGAUUACCAAGCACAUUCCUGUGCCGGUCCCUGUCGAUCGCCCCGUGCCGGUACUUAAACCGUAUCCCGUCACCGUGGAGAGGAUCGUCCCUGUGGACCGAUUAAUCCCGGUGACAGUCGAGAAACAGGUGCACGUCCCAAUCGAUCGAGCGGUGCCGGUGCCGGUACCGUAUCCCAUUGAGAAGGUCGUGCAUAUAAAUCGGCCGUAUCCGGUAGCAGUGCCAAAACCAUACCCAGUGCCGGUAGCAGUACAUCGACGAAAUUUGUAUCGGGACAAGGAAGACGUCGUAGAUCGAGAGGAAGAUGACACUGUUGAAUACAGUUUGCGACAACUUUGGUACUUUAAUCAGGAGAAAAGCAUUAUGUCAGACGACGUGGAAAUUUACGCGUUUCAUCCUCUCAUGCUAAUGGUAACCUUAGUCAUGCAAAGAGACAAGCCAUCUACAUUGGGUGUAAUUAGCAAAGCGUUUGAUAGUAUUUUCAAGAAACCCGAAUCAAUAUUUGCUAAAACUACUGUAAGAGAUUUGUUUUUUCGUGGUGUACCUUUUGAUUGCACGGAUGUCACAGAUUUUGCUGGAUCCGCAGUAUGCAACGGUUUACAGGAAAAAGAAGAGACAUUAAUCCGAGAGGAGGGUUUACGUUUUAGAUUUGGUUAUCUUGCUACGAUAAACGGAAGUCGUUUGCCGGGACGAAUAAGAGUAUACCGUGGGAUUAAAAAUUACAAAGACGUAGGUCGUGUGGUGACGAUAGGCAAUAGUACACAGAUGAACUUGUGGUUUGGCAGUCCUUGCAACAAUUUUCGUGGAACAGACGGAACUAUCUUCCCACCAUUUCUCAGCAAAGAAAAAGAAGUCUGGGUACACUCCUUAGACCUUUGUCGAAGUAUUGGUGCUUAUUAUAUGGAAUCAGGGAAAGUUCAAGGUUUCAGGACGCUACAUUACACUGCGGACCUAGGCGAUCCGUCUGAGGAUGAGGAUGUGAGGUGUCUUUGUCAAGAAUCCGAAGGAUGCAUGCCUAAGAACAUAUUUAAUGCAAAUCCCUGUAAAAACGCGCCUUUAAGGAUAAGUCUACCUCAUUUUUACGAUUCCGACCCGAGAUACCUCGAGAUGGUUGAGGGUGUAAAUCCCAUUCCUGAAAAGCACCGGAUGACUUUUAAUUUUGAUCCGAUGACAGGCACUCCAAUAAAAGCGUACAAAAAGAUUCAAUUCAAUGUGGUAGUUGGACCCAUUCCUAAACUUCGAUUGAUGAAGUCCUUUCCGGAAGCGCUUUUUCCGCUAUUUUGGGUGGAAGAUGGUCUUGAACUUGGGAAUAUUCUUAUAAAACCCCUAAAAGUUGCCUAUUUACAAAUUUUAAUUGCAAAGUAA